CUGCUCAGUCAUGCAGGGUUCACCCCGAAGACGUUCGGCAGUGAGUAUUUUUAGCAACUUUUUCCAGGGUCGGAGGCAUUCUUCCUCUGAUCCCCUUCUUUGUGUGGUCCAGAGGCGCCGGAGCUCGGUUGUAGAGGUGCUUUCAUCAGCGACUCGACGGGUUAUGGUGGCAGUAUCAUCUCUGAGCCCUGAGGAGCUGUAUCCAGGUUUUCCUGAAAAAAAAAGAAGUUCGAGGCGUCCAACAGCAAAAUACACAAAAGUAGGGGAGAGCCUUCGCCACGUCAUCCCUGGUCACAUGCAGUGCUCAAUAGCGUGUGGUGGACGUGCCUGCAAGUACGAAAACCCAGCUCGAUGGAGUGACCAGGAGCAAGCCAUUAAAGGGCUCUACUCUUCUUGGAUAACAGAUAACAUACUGGCUAUGGCUCGACCUUCAACGGAAUUAAUUGAAAAAUACAACAUUAUUAAACAAUUUGAAAGAUGUGGCAUAAAAACUGUAAUUAACCUUCAGCGUCCGGGGGAGCAUGCGAGCUGUGGGAAUCCACUGGAACAAGAAAGUGGCUUCACUUACCUUCCUGAAGCUUUUAUGGAGGCUGGAAUUUAUUUUUAUAACUUUGGAUGGAAGGAUUAUGGAGUGGCAUCUCUCACUACUAUACUUGACAUGGUCAAAGUCAUGGCUUUCGCCUUGCAGGAAGGGAGGGUUGCUGUUCAUUGUCAUGCAGGACUUGGUCGGACAGGCGUUCUAAUAGCUUGCUACUUGGUUUUUGCAACCAGAAUGAGUUCUGAUCAAGCAAUUCUUUUUGUCAGAGCAAAAAGACCUAAUUCUAUUCAGACUAGAGGGCAGUUGUUAUGCAUCAGAGAAUUCACUCAGUUUUUGGUUCCUCUGAGAAAUGUCUUUGCAUGCUGUGAGCCCAAGGCACACACAGUGACGCUGUCCCAGUACCUGACCCGUCAGAGACAUCUGCUCCAUGGUUAUGAGAGUAGGCAUCUCAAACAUGUACCAAAACUUAUUCAUCUGGUUUGCAAAUUGUUGCUGGACUUGGCUGAAAACAGACAAGUGGUAGAGGCAGAAUUGCUAGAUAUACCAGAUUUCUCAGCUGAAAUUGAGAAGACUGUUUCUCAGUGGGUAUCCACACAGCUAGAUGGAGAGCUCUCAAGGCAGGACAGUGAUACAUCAGAGUCCUCCAACAACCACUCAUCCACUUUCGAGACCCAGGAUUCUCUUUGCUCCCUGGGACAUGAAUGUGAUCCUCUUUGGAAAAGAAGGAACGUCGAAUGCCUUCAGCCUCUUACUUAUCUGAGGAGGCGUCUAAGUUACAGUGAGUCAGAUUUAAGGAGAACCGAAUUUCUUUUAGAACAAGGAGAAACUGCAUGGACAGUGCCUGCUCAGAUAUUACUGUGCAACAAACUUAAGCAGAACAGUGGUGAGGAGUGUCCUGCUGCAGGUGAAAAAAAGCCACAGUUGGAUUUAAACAAAGAAACAUUAGUGCGUAAUACGUGCAUCUUCUGGAGUCAAGGUAAAUUUAAUCUGUAUGGACAAAAGGAUGGAGCAUCGCUUUAUCACAGAAGGGACUCUACCAGAGAAGUACAACGCAGCAGAACCUUUUCUUCAGGUCUAGCAUCUAUGCACAAUGCCAAGGAACCCAGGCACAAUUUUACCAGUAAGGUCUGUCAUAAAAAUGACUGCAAGACUGAUAUGUGUAGCAGAAGAGCCUAUGUCUCUGAGGACUCUGAUUCUUCUUCUUCUUCUAAAGUGAACUUUUCCAUUGGAUAUGAAAGCCAAGGUAACAAAGAUGUGUCAGAGUCAAUUCCACACAUUGUUCUGCAGUCAGAAUUAAGUUUGGAGGCCCGAAGAGUUUUGGCAGGAAAAGCACUUGCAGAUAUAAAUGAAUUUCUUGGAGAGGAUGAAGUGAAGCAGAAAGUAGAAAUGUGGCAGAAAGAACUGAAUUCUCGAGAUGGAGCUUGGGACAAAAUCUGUACAGAGAGAGAUCCUUUUAUCCUCUGUAGCUUGAUGUGGUCCUGGAUAGAGCAGCUGAGAGAACCUGUUAUAUCCAAAGAUGAUAUCGACAUGCUGGCAAGAAAUUCCACAGAGUCACAGGAUGCACUUUACUUACUGAGAAAGGAACAGUGUCAGACCAUCCUUUGUAUUUUACACUGUGUGGUGAACUUGCAAAUGCUACCAGCUGAUGUGGAGGAGGCCUUACUUGCUCGUGCUAUUAAAGCUUUCACUAAGACAAGCUUCGAUUCUGAAAAUGGACCAUAUGUUUACAGUACCUUGAAAAAAGUAUUUAAACAAACACUGGAAGAAAAAAGAAAAAGGCUUAGGGAAGGAACAGAGAAUCCCUCUUGA